CGAGAGUGCAAUCAUUCACUGUCUGUGACCCACGGUGGCAGCUACUCCUUUGUAGGAUGGAGCUGGUUUCGGAUACUGAUGACGCCCCGCUCUGUAGCCAUUUUGGCUCAAGCCGCUUUGGCACGGGACCCGGGCUUCUUGCAACGGGCACAGGGCGCCGCCCGCCUGCUCGGGCAUGCACCACCAGCGGCCGCCGCGACGCGCUCGCGGUGCCGCCCUUGCGCUCGCUGCCGCAACCGCCUGCCUGGCCAGUCUGGCGUCCAUCCAGCGCUGCCGCGGCGCGGGCGCCUUUGCGCGCGCCAGUGGCCGCCGACCGCUGCUCCCUAUGGCCCUGGCGGCGGCCGCCUCUGUGCUGGCCCCAGUGCCCGCUCCGGCCGAGCAGCCUCCUGCGGCGGAGGCGGAGGCGCUGGGCAGGGCGCUGCGGUUGCUGCAGAGCGGCAGGGCGCGCGACCUGGAGGAGGCGGAACUGCUGCUGGGCGGCGCUGUGGGGCGGUGGCGGUUGCUGGGGCGCCCACGGUCGGAGGUCGCGCAGCUGCUGCUGCUCCGCGCAAAGGCGCGCCAGGAGCGCAACGAACUCGCGGGGGGGACGCUGCGAGAGCUGCUGGAGGGCGCCCGCGAUGACUACACGCAGGCUAUUGCUGAUAUGCGUGCGGACACCGCUCUUGCACCCGUCCGCCCAGACGGCACCGCGGAGUAUCAGGAGUUUCCUGAUGCCUUCGUUCGCAGAGGGCUGGCCAGUGAGGGCCUGCAACAGUGGCAGAGUGCGGUCGACGACUACACCAUGGCAAUCGAGCUGUGGGGUGGCGUCUCCAACGACUUCAGGAACGGGGAGUUCUCGGAGGGUGGCCGGCUCGGCGUGAACCCGUUCGUCCUGAAUUUUCGCGGCAAUGCCUUGAGUCGCCUCGGACGCUACGCGCUGGCGGCCGAGGACUACAGAGCGGCGGGCCGCCAGUUCGGGGCCACGUCCGAGCGCACGGCCCUCGCGACGUCCCUCUCCAACGAGGCCCUCGCCCGCUUCGGCGCGGGGCAGACUCAGGAGGCGCAGGCGAUCAUGGAACGCGUCCGGCUGAGGGACCCCAAGAACGUGGACGCGCGCGCGGUGCUGGCCGCGGUGUACUGGAGCCGCGGCGAGAGAGACCGGGCCGAGAGCGAGUGGCAGGCAGCAUGCUCCCGCCUCAGGCCCGUGACAGCGAGCAGGGGCUGGACGCGUGCUCGCGCUACAAGGACCCGAAGAGGAGCAGAUAAUCAGCACUGGGCCAUCGUACCUCAGCCCCACCAGCCCAACAUCCUAGUUGGGGAUCUGCCUCGCAAAACCCUAAGGAACGUGCAUAUAUGAUCCAGGGCUCCGCCCAUCCCUCUCAUGGUGAUGCCUUCGGCCCCCCCCGCGCGAUGCCUGGUGUGGGCGUGGCGUGGUGGGGGGUGGACGUGAGAGGGAGGG